AUGAAUGUGAGUUGAGGGAGUAUCCUAUGAAAUUGAAUUAUUAAACAACGGUUUGAACUCGUGUUGAAUACCUCGAAUUACUCAUGUGCAUCCAAUAAUUCAUUUAGGCUUGUAAUAAACGGAUACUGGAAAGAUGGCCGAGGCGGUCGCUUUAUUGCAAAAAGCGAGAAGAAUACGGUGAGUGUUUUUGGGAUUUUCUGGGUGAUUUAUUUGGUUAUAAAUGAAGUUAGAUUAAAAGGGAGCAGAACAAUGACAAGGUGAACAUUUUAUGAAAUUUCAAAGUGUUUCCAAAUCAAUGUUUUGUUUCGAAAUCACUGUUCGAAAAAACUUAUAAAAUCCUAAUUCGAUUUUCAAACCAAACUAGUUUUUUAUUCAGAAAAACCCGCUCAAUCGGGAAAGGCGAGCAAAUGGGAACAACAACUUCAGAAAUGCUCAUUUUAUGAGAAGGAAAAAGAUGCUGAAACUCCGAAUGGAAGUCAAAUCGCAGCGAUUUGGGAAAGGCGGCGGAAAGUCGAAUCGCAGCGACAUUGA